UGUCCGUUUAUUCAGCUCUUCACCCAUUUUGGAUUUCUUAUUAAACAGAAUUCAAACAAUAAUAAUAUAUUAAAUCUUCUUCAUUUCCGGCAGACCCAUGGAGACAGUUAUCGGAAAUCCAUUGAUCAAGGCAUUGAUUAUUCUUUUCUUGCUAUCUGCAACUACCGCCGCCGGCGACGCUCCGUUCAUUAUUUCCCACAAGAAGGCUUCGCUCACCAGACUUAAAUCCGGCGCUGAACGCGUCUCCGUCUCUAUCGACAUCUACAAUCAAGGCUUCGCGACGGCGUAUGAUGUGAGUCUUGUCGAUGAUAGCUGGCCCAAAGAUUUAUUUGAUAUCAUCAGCGGUAACACUUCAAAUUCAUGGGAGAGACUUGAUGCUGGUGGCAUUUUAUCACAUUCAUUUGAAAUAGAUGCUAAAAGACAAGGAAUGUUCCAUGGUGCACCAGCAGUUAUUACUUACCGUGUUCCCACAAAGGUGUCUCUACAGGAAGCAUAUUCAACUCCAAUCUUGCCUUUGGACAUCUUAGCUGAAAGACCUACUGAAAACAAGCUUGAUUGGUUGCAGAGGCUGCUUUCUAAAUAUGGAUCUCAAUUAUCUGUGGUCUCAAUAGUGUUAUUGUUUAUCUACCUAGUCGCUACCCCAUCGAAAGCCAGUGCCGCAAAAGCAAGCAAGAAGAAGCGCUAGGUAUGGUUUGCUGAGCUGAGAAAAACCAAAAUCUAUAACCUGUCACCACUCAACGCAAUGCAGGAACCUUACUUUAUGUUUCCAUUAAAAUAGGGUUUUUUUUUUUAAGUUUGGAUUUUUGCAAUUAGAUGGGGUUUUAAAUGAGGUUUGUGGAAGGUGAAACAAGUGAAUCCAAGUCCCAAAUCCUAGACUUGAUUCAAGCAGGUAAUCCUGGAAGUGGGAGAACUGGUUUGUGAUAUCUGAUGGAUGGGACAAAUUUGAGAUUUAAUACUUAUAUAUGUAUUCUAUUUUUCUCAAA